UUGCUUUGUUUUCGUUUGCUAGACGUAAUUAUUUUCAAUUUAAAUUUUAAGAAAUUUAAAUAAUUUCAUAAAUUUGGUGUAAUAAUCAAUAAAUUUGAAAUGAUACUUCUGUGUUCGCGUUGCAUAAAAGUUUACCCGGUUGCAAUUGUCCGUUGUAAGUGUUUUUCCACCAGCGCGGCCGCAAAACGUCGCGUAGUUAUCACCGGCCUCGGAGUCGUUUCGCCGGUUGGAUGCAGCGUGUCAAAAGCGUGGACCAGUAUCCUUUCGGGAGUGUCUUCCGUUGGACGGCUAACCGAUGCUGCAUACGAGAAACUCCCUUGCCGUGUGGCGGCCCAAAUCAGCCGAGAUGAGCUCGAUGUGGAGAAAGAGUUUGGCAAAAGUGAGUUGAAAACAAUGGCCCGGGCGACCACUUUUGCCCUGAUAGCUGCCAAAGAAGCUCUCGGAAUGGCCCGGUGGACUCCCCCUGAGGAGGACGUUGAAGCUUGUCAGCAAACAGGUGUCGCUAUCGGCAUGGGCAUGGUGGACCUUACGGAUGUCUGCGAAACCAAUGAAGCACUCAAGAAAGGCUAUAACCGGGUAAGUCCGUUCUUUGUUCCUAGAAUCUUGCCAAAUAUGCCCGCCGGCCAGCUAAGCAUCAAGUAUGGCUUUCGAGGGCCCAAUCACUCGGUAUCGACCGCAUGUGCCACGGGAGCACAUUCGAUUGGAGAUGCAUUCAGAUUCGUCCAGCGGGGAGAUGCAGACGUUAUGGUUUGCGGUGGAGCGGAGGCCUGCAUUAGUCCACUGGGAAUUGCCGGAUUUUGCAGACUACGAGCCUUGAGUACGUCGUUCAACGAGGAUCCUCAGCGUUCUUCGCGGCCGUUUGACGAUGCCCGGGAUGGAUUUGUCAUGGGAGAAGGAUCAGCGAUAUUUGUUCUGGAAGAACUGAACCACGCCAAAGCGAGAAACGCCGAAAUCCUCGGGGAAAUUCUUGGCUACGGUCUGUCAGGGGAUGCAUCUCAUUUGACUGCACCUCGCGAAGAUGGAACCGGUGCCAUGUUAGCCAUGGGAAGAGCUCUAAAAGAUGCUAAUCUAAAACCCACGGACAUCGGCUAUAUCAACGCCCAUGCCACUUCGACACCGAUUGGGGAUGCAAUUGAAGCUCGAUCCAUCAGGACUUUGUUCACUGAUAGCUGGAAGCAAUUGGCGGUAUCGUCUACGAAGGGAGCUCACGGCCAUUUACUAGGUGCUGCUGGAAACUUGGAAUCUUUGUUCACAGUUCUAGCGUGUCGUGAGGGAAAGUUGCCCCCCACAAUCAACCUGGAAAAUGUUUCGGCUGAGAUGCAAGGAAUGAACUUUGUGCCAAAUCAUGCUCAGGACUGGUUACCGGUCGAAGGAAAACGGCGAAUUGCAUUGAAGAACUCGUUUGGGUUUGGUGGAACAAAUGCUGCGUUGUGUUUUGCUGAAUAUAAGGAAUGAAAGUAAUGUGAUUAGUUAAAUUUGUUAACUAGUGAUAACGAC